AUGAUUCAAGCUGCGCCAUACAUCGUUAUCGGCAUAUUUGGCACAAUUGCUCUUGUUCUUUAUAUCGCAGGAUGCGCUAUCACCAAACAGUGGUGGCCACUUUUCGGAAUUAUUCCAGCAACACUUUCUUGCAUUUUUGGCAUCUCAUUAUCAACAAAAAUGGGCGAUGAUUACGUAGAAGAUACAGAAGGAUGCAAUAUCUUUACAGCAGACUCAGUUCUUUUCUACCUUCUUUGCAGCAUUGUUUCUUGCAUUGCUUUAAUUGCAGUAUUUUGGCAUUGUGGCACAAUUGAUGGCAUAUGCUUCGGAUUCAUGAUGGGUGGUGAUGCAGCAACUGCAAUCGGUUUAAUUGCCUUCAUCAUCCUUUGGGGCAAGGCCGAAGGUGAUGGCUAUUAA